UCGCUUCGUUUGCUCGUUUUGUGGGCCCACGCACAGAAAGCGCAGCGGAGCCAGCGGUGCACACAAAACUUGUAUAGGCCAACCCAGACCCCACCUUUUGGUACGUACCAGUUUUUUUCUUGUAGGGCACGAAAACCCUUCCGACAAAUUCGUGCAAGGAAGACCGCUCUCCAUCUUCAGGUUUGACCUACAACGCCUCUCAUUCUAUCACGACAACACAGAUCGGUUGAUCGCAGGCAGACACAAUGGCGAUCAAGCACAACCAAAAGAUCGUUAACAACCAUCUCCGCAAGGAUUGGCAACGCCGGGUUCGCACCCACUUCGACCAGGCUGGCAAGAAGGCUUCCCGCAGAGUCGCUCGUCAGGCCAAGGCUGCUGCCGCUGCCCCCCGCCCCGUCGACAAGCUUCGCCCUAUCGUCCGAUGCCCUACCAUCAAGUACAACCGCAAGGUCCGUGCUGGCCGUGGUUUCACCCUCACUGAGCUCAAGGAGGCCGGUAUCCCCCGUCUCGUUGCUCCCACCAUCGGUAUCUCCGUCGACUUCCGCCGCCAGAACCUCUCCGAGGAGGGUCUUGCCCUGAACGUCGCCCGCCUCAAGGCCUACAAGGAGCGUCUCAUUCUCCUCCCCCGCAAGUCCAACGCCCCCAAGAAGGGUGACACCAAGACCGACGCCUCCAAGCUCGCCCAGACUUCCAUCUCCUCCGUUCUCCCCAUCACUCAGCUCGACCGCGCCGUCAAGGAGAUCAAGAAGGCUGACAUGCCUGCUGAGGUUGAGGGUGGUGCUUACCGCGCCCUCCGCAACGCUCGCGCCAUUGCCCGCUACGCCGGUGCCCGCGAGAAGCGUGCGAAGGAUGCGGCUGAGGCCGAGGCUGCCAAGAAAUAAGUGUAAAUCAAUUAUUUUUGGUGAUCGGUAUGAAGCGGAAUGGAUACGCAUGGGAUGGCAAGAUGGGAUGAAAAAAUCAAACAUCUGGUGUUUUGAGGGUUUUUGUUUGCUCUUUGCGUAUUGCCUGCUUCCAAGGGAGCGGCGUACAGUACUUGACCCGGUUCAGGAGCAGAGUACCUCUAGUUCCAGGUUUAAGAAUUAUUUGCAUGACCAAAAAACAUUUUCUAAAUUCAAACUACGUGCCCCAAUCUGAUCAUGUCAACCAAUCUAAACAGUAUAUGCAAGCAGGUGUCCCACAUUUCUAGUAAAGAAUGGAUAUUAUCUAACGGCAAGUUUAUGUAUUAACAACCUCUGUCUAAGUUGUAUAGCAUGCUAUCUAUUGUUUGGCUUUGUAUGCAGCCACCAACUCCGUGCCUUCUUUUACAAGCACUUGAAUCUCGCUCUUAUCCAAGCCUACAAAUUCUUCCUUCUUCCAAUUAUUUUCCAACUCAGUGCACAUAACCAGCGCAUUUUCCUGAUCAACAGGCCCGGUAUCUGCCUUGGGACCAGCAGGCACUUGUUGAGGCCCCAGUCCAAGACUUUGAGGCGUAGCCAACUCUCCCUUAUUUUCGCCAUCUGCUUCAUCGGUUACAUCCUGUACUAUCUCGGAGGAUGGCUUGCACCCAGUAAUUGUUGUGCUCAACACUGCUAGUGCGCCGUCUUGCUUCAAAACGUCUGCCACCACCAGAGCACCGUCAGCUGAUCGAGCCAUUAGAGCAAAGACGAACCAUGCUUCUGAGCGCAGGACAGGCCACUUGUCUUGCGUAAUUAAGAAUGCAAGUAGCUUUAUAAUACCAGUAUGGCUUUGGUAAAACGCAUGCCUCAACAGGCUGUCUUCAUUGCCGCUAGUGGUGAUGCUCUCAACUAAGUCUUUGUUAUCUGUGACCGAUGAUGAACUCGACAGCAUCUCCUUCACAGGGAGUGAGUGUAGUCCGCGGCAAAUAGUACCCGCCGAACGAGCGGCUUCCAUCUUGGUAGGCUCAGCAUCAGAGCGACCAAAUAGAGCGACGGCAGUCUCUAGAGGUGUUUCACCACUCUGUCCUCUGCGACACAUCUUGGCAAUAUUUUCUGCGCAGUUGAGAAGUAGUAAUCUCGUUAAAGAUAUGGCGGCAAAUUGCACUUGGGGAACUGUGUCCAAAGCGUAAAUGCGUGGCAAUCCAUUAGGUUCAAGAAGGCCUGAGAGCUUCGCUUUAUUCUGUGCAGGGAUGGCAAGGUUCUUCAGAAAAGACAUGCUGGCAUGAAGAAGUUGUCCAUCACGAGUAGAGGAAUUAGUCAAAAUAUCGACGAGGGCCUCAUGAGCGUUGUACUUGGAAACCAGAGCAGUGGAGGCUUCGUCUGACCGGGAGAGGUUGCCCAGAGCUAGGCAUGCUGCUGCCCGUAGCAUGGGUAGGUCAUGGUGUAGCCACGCGAGAAAUGUCUGACUGACUGCAGACUCCAAGUUGUGAGACUCGGAGAAGCUGUCCUGUGAAGUAAUAUCUGCCAGUACAUUCAUCAAGGAAGUGUUGAGUUGCUUGAGCGCUUCAGCGGAGUCUUCCUCCUCCUCCUCGAUCUUAAAGUUGGUUUGUGCGUGGUAAAAGGCUUCGAGAAACAAGUCUAGCUCAGGGUCGGCGAUUGGAUGUGCUUUUGAUUCGUCUUCAGUGGCUAGAUAUGCCAAUGCAACAGAAACAACUGACGAAAACUCCUCGCCAUCGUCUCGAGUCUCCGCUCCAAGGGCAAGCUUGAGCAAAACAUUAGCAGCCUGGCUAUCCUCCUCACUGGCAGAUGAUGGAGAUGGUUGCUGUCCGACAACCAGGGCCAGAAUCUUGCAGACAUAGGGCACAACCGGCAUAUAGGAUUUGAUGGUGGAAGCGGAGAGUAGUUUGAGGAGUCUAGCACUAAGACCAGAUUCUGACGCAAGCUUUUGAGCAGGCU